AAGGGAGAGAUAUCGAUUUUUCGUGUCGCGCCAAUUUCAGCCUAUACACUAUACAAUCCGGACAAGAAGCUCGUAUUCCCAAGUCGACCCAAGUCCGUCCACCGCGUUCCCAUGCAAACGAGGGUCGUGCCACGCGUCCCGUUUUUCAAGAUCGUACUUCCCCCCUCUUUGAUAUCCGUCGUUUAUGGCACGGCCGAGGGGACGCGAAUGAACGCGCACCCCUCGAAAUACCGGACAUAACCAAGGAAUAGGAUGUCGCUCCUCUUGAAUCCCGCGGAAACCGUCCUGCACCUGAGCGACGACGUGACGGAGGAUCCGUUCCUUUCUGGAAAUGAAAACGAUGAUUUUAACUUUAAGUAUGUGCCUACAAAUCGUUUCAAGUACAUAGUAAAGGACGUACGCAGACAGAGAUGUCGGGAGGAGGAGGAAAGCGUAUGGGCAUCUUUCGUCAGGCAACAAGAGCUGAAUGGCUACGACAAAAAUGGCAUUCAGUCCUCUGUUCAGAGUAUCAAACAGCUAUUGGAUGAAGGUAUGAGGGAAGCGGAUAAAGAACUUAAAAAAUUGGAGAUGGACAUUUUGCCUGACGAAAUAAGGAAAAAGUAUAGUAAUAAGACUGGAAACAAUCAGAAAAAAAAGCUGAAGGUAAAUAAUAUCAGGGACUCGGCUUCAAAGAAAGUGCCGAUUAUGAAAGAUACCGGGACAGGUAGCACCACGUUGCUGCUUACGAUUCCCGAAGAGAAUAACGCUCCAGCUUAUAAAAGAAGGCAUGAGCCCGAGGACUUCAAGUCGUACGCCAGAAAGUCUCGUUCCGGUCACGCAAUAUCGCGAAAGAGGCAACCUUCGAGGCAGCUGCACCAUGCGAGUAACGGUGUCGAAUACAAUUCCAGUCCUGAAAGCAGCGCGCGCCGCGACGACGUCGCGAAUGGAGUCAUUUACGUACGACCAGAUCCGUUCACCAUGCACAAGAUCUUGACGAUGCAGAGAAGGGUCUGCGACGUACUGGACGAAAUCACGUUCAGAUUGGGAAACAUCUCUGCGCCGGACGGGAUCAAGGACCUUCAGAGACGGCAGCAGUGCGUCGCCGAAUUUGCCGUACGAUUCUCGAGGAACUAUCUGUACGAUCUUAAUAGAUACGUCAAGGAUAUCCAGAGGCAUAUGUGCGUUAUCUCGCCGCGUGCGAUAAUAAGGCCGAAUCAUAGAAAUCUGGGACUGCACAUGCAUGCCAUUGAGCACAAACUUCUUGCCGCUCAUCAAUUGUUGCUGCACGCAUUGGUCGCCUAUUGCAAACACAUUCCCAGCUGUAUUCCCAAGGGACAGCCUGGAAAGCUUAGAGAGAUAUUGCAAGUAGUUCUCGAUCUGAAGACUAUGUGUGAUAGGCUCCACUUAAAUUAUUUUGAUUCGGGGGACACUGAUGUUUUGUCGCUGGGGAAGGAGAUUGAAAGCAAAUGCAAUACCGUUUUGUCAAAUUUGAAAGUCCAUGCGAAUAACGACUUGCCCGAUACUAACAAAACUCCCUCAAUGGCAUCCUUCACUCCAAACUCGACAAAUAAAAAGCGACUCAAUCGCAAACAAUUAUCUAAUCGGUUAAGCAUGUACAGCAUGGACACCAAAGUUUCCAAAAAUAUUUCAAAACCCAAGACAAAUUAUCAUCAAAAAGAUAAAAGGUAUAAUGCAAUAAAUGUUAAGAGAGUCUCUAACGAGCUAAUAACGGAUCAGUCAUAUCCUAGUCCUAUAACACCAUCUAAGGAUACAGGUCAGACUGGCAUUAGAAAACAUAGGACGUUCGCAAAAGAGGAGGAUAUAAAGACCAUGAUGGAUAUAUUACCUAUAGACUCAGAUGGCAACAAUUUCGAAACGCAAGAAAGGCAUAAUAAUGCAAUGCUCACUAGGAGAAUAUGUAAAGUGCCGAGAAAGGGUUCUGGCAAGUUGCAGAAUCGAAAGCAAUUAGAAACUAUAGAAAAUAUUGUUAAGAAUACUUCCACAAAUAAUGACGACGAAAGAGAGACGGCGAUUACAGAGGAUCAUUUAUCUAAUUUGGUGCCGGUGAUAGCAGAUUUCAUGUCUUUUAUUUCUAAUAAGCAAAAUGAAUCAGAAACGAGGCCAGCUUAUUCUAAAACUAGUACGAAUACAUUGAUGAAAUUCCUGCAGAAAUAUCAAUUGCCUAAGAGCAUGAAUGCAAAAAUAAACACAAGCACGAGCUGCGAUAUAUGUUAUUCAGGCGGCAGUGAAUGUGAAUGUCUUAAAACAAACAGAACUUUAACGGAGAUGCGGAAAAAUGGCGAGAAUAUGCAAUUGAUUUGUGUGUCGUCGAUAGAAAAUGCAUCAAAAGUACCUCGUUAUUGUGAUGCGUCGUGUCAAGCGGAUUACGAGAGCUUAGUGGAAUUGCCGGAUUUUGAGACAAAAGUAAAAGAAGGAAAACUUAUGGCAGACUCGCUGAAUAACAUCGAGCUUGUUGUUUCCGAGGAAAUAGAGAUGAGUUUUUUGAAAUAUAGGCAGGAAUAUCAACGAUCGAUGCAAUCGAUUCCAAUGUACUCUAGCAAUACGCAAAAUAAACCAUGGGACAUUGUUGCUUGGAUAUCUGAUAAGCUCGUAGAUGAAUUGAUAACGGAGAUCGCAAAGGAGCUGCAAAUAGAUGACGUCAUACAGAAGCUUUUCGAGUUAGAAUUCCAAGAAUUCUAACGUUAUUUGAGGCUGCUCCUCUGUCAAACCUGAGAAAUGCAUAAAAAAAAUUGUAUAGGGAUUUCAAAUUUGAGAGAUUUUAUACUAAAAAUGUCUAAUUUUGGAAAUAUAAUAUUAUGACUUUUUAAA